CUGUCAUUGAAGUGUCAACCCAGGAAAAAAAUAGUUGGCAAGCGCAAGCAGGACCAGCAGGAGUGGGCACCAGUGGUUACAGUGGGUGUUUUUAAUAGAUCAUGCAUCGCACUACGAUGUUUACCUAGUUUAUCACAAUCACCAGCACACUAAGUAUGAAAUAUUUGUAAUCACAAUCGCGAGUGAAAUCAUCGCCAGCUACACCAUGGAUCUGCACGACACGGGCAUUGGCGUCGAGACCGUCUACGGGACGCACGAAGACUCUCAUAUGGUAAUGUCCGAGAAGGUGCAGUCACUCGCGGGCAGCAUCUACCAGGAGUUCGAGCGCAUGAUUGCCCGCUACGAUGAAGACGUGGUCAAGACUCUGAUGCCUCUGCUUGUCAAUGUGCUUGAAUGCCUUGAUGCUGCAUACCAAUCAAACCAAGAGCAAGAUGUGGAACUGGAAUUGCUUCGCGAAGACAAUGAACAACUUGUGACGCAGUAUGAGCGCGAGAAGGUCGCGCGUAAGAACUCCGAGCAGAAGCUUCUCGAAUUUGAAGAUGCAAGCGAGGGUGAACGCAAGGAGUUUCUUGCGCGGCAGGAAGCGCUGGAAAGCAUUGCUAGAAUGCUAGAACUAAAGCAUAAAAACUCCAUGGAACAUGCAGGCAGGCUGGAGGAAAGAGAGGCUGAGUUGAAAAAAGAGUAUGCUAAACUGCAUGAGAGAUACACAGAUUUGUUCAAGACACACAUGGACUAUAUGGAACGCACGAAAUUAUUACUCUCAGGUGGACAGUUGGCAAAUGAAAGGUCAGAAUCUAGUCGGUUAGCGGGUAAUAGGCUAAAUAUUGGAAGGAGUUCCGGGCCGGUGUCGUUCGGAUUUGCUUCCUUGGAGAAUGCUGAGGGCAUUGAUAGUGUGCCAACAUCUCCAAUUAGUAGUACACAUUCAUCACCAAGUUUGCAUAGUGAGUUGGACAAUGCCAAAGAAGGUUUACGCACUGUAGAGAAAGGUUUGGAAACUGAUAUGAUUAGUUUAGAGAAUAAAAGCACAUCGCCGGCGAGUCCGCAAGCGACACCGCUGCACAAUAACAACUCUGGGGCCGGACGCGUCAAGAAGGAACAACGUAGUGGAAAUACAUUAUAUCAGGAAUUAAGUUUUCAGGACUCGGAUGCAUUGUGCGACGACGAUGGUGCGGAUCAAAUUACGGGGGGAUGGGUUCACCCUGGAGAAUAUGCUUCAUCAGUUAAUGAUAACUUUUAUGGCAUGGGCAAAGAAGUUGAGAACUUGAUAAUGGAAAAUAAUGAAUUACUCGCAACAAAAAACGCGUUAAAUGUAGUCAAGGAUGACCUUAUCGUCCAAGUCGACGCCCUAACUGGCGAACUGGAAAUGCUUAGAGAGGAAAUCCUGUCGUUGAAUAUGUCGCGAACUCGCCAACGCGAACGAAUUACUGAACUUGAAGAAGAGCUGAAGAAAAUGAAGGAGACGCAGGAGGUAAAGCCAGAAAACAACGAGGAGGAAUCCGAGGUGCCUAUGGCGCAACGAAAGCGGUUCACUCGAGUUGAAAUGGCACGUGUUCUUAUGGAAAGGAACCAGUACAAAGAACGAUUUAUGGAAUUGCAAGAAGCCGUCCGCUGGUCCGAGCUUAUGCGAGCGCACAAGCAGGGCCCCGAAUUGAAGAACAAGCAAUCCGUUUGGAAGUAUUUUAUGAAUCUAUUCAACGCUGAGCGGACGCCACGUGACAACGAACCGAUGCUGCGCUUCCAGGCGGGCACGAAUCAGGUGACGCCCGGCGUGCGGAAUCUGCCCGCGCGCACACAGGACUUCCCCGAGACAGAAAUGGGCAGUCUGGCCAAACAACGGGAGCGCCGAGAGCAAUACCGUCAUGUGCGAGCGCAUGUGAAAAAGGAAGAUGGCCGACUCACCGCCUACGGUUGGAGUCUUCCGGAUAAGAGUGCGGUAGUCCCAAGCCGCGGGCUGCCAAAUAUGAGUGGUGUGCCGGUUCCAGUACCGGUGUACUGUCGUCCUCUUGAAGAAAGCUCUUCGGGGAUGAAAAUUUGGUGCGCUGCUGGUGUUAAUCUGCAAGGAGGCUAUACCAAAGAUGGCGGAUUAAUGGUUGGAGGUAGCGUUUUCUAUUCGGACAACUUACCAACAGCUAAGCCAGCUAGUAACGAAUUGGAUAGUCUUGAUAAGGAGCUUGAUGCCGCGACGGAAGCUUCUCGAUUGGAGACAAAACUUUCAUCGUUGGUUUGGAUAUGUACAUCGAUGCGCGCGGCCAGUAUUGUUACUGUUAUUGAUGCGAACAAUCCGGCUGAAAUUUUAAAUAGUUUCGGUGUUUGUGCUCAUCAUGUGCUUUGCAUUGCCAGCGUGCCUGGUGCUAGUCCGGACGAUUACUCUGAUAACAAGUACGUCAUACCAGAGGAGAAUGUGGAAGCAGAUCCUAAGCCACAGGAAGAAAAGUCAGGGGAUAAUGAUGAAGAUCCCGAUUAUGGAAAGGUUACUUAUGAAGAUAGCAACACCACCGUGAAAAACAAACGGGUUCAAAUCGAGAACGCCAAGUUGGAGCAAGAACAAGAAACUGCUGAAGAGGCAAUAUCUGGUGCACCCUCUAACGAUUCGACCGCUGAAACAAUCGACACGUCUUGCGGAUCCGAGACGGAGCGACCGCCCACUACCACACACGAAGUCAUGUCGAGCGCGUUAGCGACCAUGUGGCUUGGCGCACAAAACGGCGAAGUUUAUGUGCAUUCUUCAGUCGCCAACUGGAAUCAAUGCUUGCACUCAGUACAGCUCGCUGAUGCCGUGCUGAAUAUUGUACAUGUCAGUGGACGUGUAAUCUGUGCGCUCGCUAAUGGCACAAUGGUGGUGUUCAAUCGCGACGAUAGUGGUGAGUGGGAUCUAUCGAAAUACAACAUCGUUCAAAUUGGCUGCGCGUUUCAUUCGAUUCGGUGCCUUGCUGUUGUGGCGGACAAGGUUUGGUGCGGCUAUCGCAAUAAGGUAACAAUCAUGGAUCCAAUAUCCUUGAAAUUGGUGCGUGAUUUGACUGCGCAUCCUCGAAAGGAGAGUCAAGUGCGUCAAUUUGCAUGGCACGGAGAGGGUGUUUGGUUAUCCGUACGUCUAGACUCUACACUGCGGUUGUACCACGCGCAGACUUAUGAGCAUUUGCAGGAUGUAGAUAUUGAGCCUUACGUCAGCAAAAUGCUCGGCGCCGGGAAGUUAGGCUUUUCCCUCGUUCGUAUUUCAGCGUUGCUCAUCUCCUCGAAUCGGCUGUGGAUCGGCACCAGCAAUGGUGUCAUCAUCUCGGUGCCGUUGAGUGAUUAUCACGCUCCGGCGCAUAUAAUUGUAAACGCUCGCAAUUGGCGGCCAGGUAUCGAAAGUGGCCCUCGGUCGCAUUCUUCAAAUCCGUUGAUUCCCUAUUGCAACGUGGCGCAUGCUCAACUCAGUUUUCACGGGCAUCGGGAUUCGGUGAAGUUUUUCGUAGCAGUCCCCGGAAAUGGAGGAAUGAGUGCAGCGUCGACACCCUCAGAAGCUCAUUCAGCGGGUGUUUUGCCAAUGAGUGCGCCCAGCAAGGCGCCUCCAGCGAUGCUUGUAAUGUCAGGUGGCGAAGGUUACAUUGAUUUCCGAAUUGAAGACGAUGAGCCCUCGGACGCAGCGUCUCAUCUGUUUGUUUGGCAACUAAUGAACGAUAUUCCUGGCAAUCCGUGCGAGUAGGUGAGAGCGAAAUGGACGAGAGUAUGGUCGGCAACGAAUCUGGUGACCUGGAGGGCGGUGGUCAUUCGGAGCAGCGCGACGAAAAGAGUCAUUUAAUUGUGUGGCAGGUGAUUUCCGCAUAACCAUUUACAAUUAGCGAUUGAUAACGGUAAAAUUGAUAAUCAAAUAUUGUGACCCACUGCUACGGUAAGUCAGCAGUUGAGUGUAUGAUUUAUAAUAAGAAAUACCCAUAAACCAACAUCAGAAAAGUAACAAUGUUCGUUCAAUGAUUUAAUUUAAGUAAUGUCAGACGCAUCAUUGCGGUGCUUUUUCUUCAUGUAAAAUGAAUUAUUACUCAAGUCUCAAGGGAUGACACACAACUCGAUGCUAUAUUAGUUGUUUUCGCUUCUCGCUUAGCGAACUUCUUUCAAUUAGCUUGUAAUGAUGACGUAUGAUGUAUAAUAUUUUAUUUAUUUAUUGAAAUUUUAUAUAUAUAAUAUGCAAAGCAUUGUUUUAAACAUGGAUAUUCAUGAUAUGUAAUUGUAAGCGUUCGCAAAAUGGUAAACUUAAUAGAACAAUUCAAUUCAUA